GUAAUUUUCUUCGUGUGGUGUGCGUGACAAGAGCUACAGAAUUCUUAUUUUGUUGCAGACUGGUUCGUAAAAGGACACAUAAAAGGACAAGUUCAUCCCGUCAUGCAUGUUCAUGCGUUGAAGUUCGUGCGUUGAAGUGUACAGUUUCUUGCUAAAGUUUACGACCCAUACUCACGACCACACACGGAGAGGACUGCUCCUGUUCAUAAACAAUGCAAAACCAAAAGAAAAUAACACAGACUUUCAGUUCAAAGAAGCGGUCCCACCAAGCCCUGAUCGCCCAUCCAAACAAUGAGAGUAGUAGCAAUGCAAGAUACCAGGGAAGUUUUGGUUCAUCCUCAUCCUCAAAUCAUGGCCCAGCUAAACAACCUCGUCACACCAACAAUAACCGAAAUCAACUACGGCAACCAAGCUUCAACAAUACCCUACCCAGACCUUCAUGGAAUGACAACCCAAACAACAAUUCAGCCUUCUUUCAACCCAGCUUCCGAGGGAACCCAGUGCCACCUCUACCCCAAAGUCCAUGGAUGGCCCCCUCCCCUUUUGCCCCGGGAUUUGAAUUUGAAGGGGGUCCUUCAGGAGAUCAAGCUCCACGCCUACCUCCAGGGAUUAACAAUAGCUGGCAGAAGUGGGCCGGGGUGAAUGAGGAUCAGCGACCCACGCCUACUAGGUACCCUACCCAGAUGAUGGGCAUGCCACAGUUUGGCAGAGACUUGCCCCACCAGCCCAACAACAAUCAGGAUUACCCCAUUCAUCAGCAGCAGCCCCAUUUCCCUGUGGGUAGGGAUCCUCCACCCCUACCCUGUUGGCCUCCUCAUCAAAACAGCAACAGGCCUCCGCCAAAUGUGGGACCUCCUCACCAGAGUGCCCCACCUAGCCUUCCAAGACUUAAGGUGGAUGGAAAGUUUUCUCAGAUGAACCAACAGGGUGGGUUUAGUGUCGAUGACCGCUCCAGUAAGGUCUUGACUGCAUCCAUUGCCGAUGUCAGAAAUUGGAGUAAACACACAGACAAGGCUGGAGUCUUCAUCUUUGAGGUCUAUGGUAAAAUGACUUCAGCAAUGUCUUCUGAUAUCAAUGGCCUGGCCAAAAAGUUCACUCUGAAAGACCAAAACCAGACACUAAAGUGCAUUUUCUAUGAGACAGACCGCCCUUUGGUCAAGCUUACUAAAGAUCAAUGGCUUCGCUGUAUGGGAAGUUUAGAUGGCCGUAGCGGACUGUUCCGCUGUGUGUCUGUCCGCCCCGCUACACCGGCUGAGCAGAAAGUGAUGACCACUCUGAUAACUACCAGCGGAAGUGUCAUGAAGGAAAGACUGGCAUCAGUGCAAGAACCGUAAGAACUACACAUGUUAAUUUCCCUACUAUUUCAGAUGUAAGAAAACUUGUUGAAAGUAUACUAUGCUAAGAUUAAGGGGCAAGUGUGGGUUUUGCAGUCGUAACCACUGACUGUUUUGGUACUUGACUCAUGAUUAACCAAUGGCAUACAUAUAUUCAACCAAAACAGUUUUAAAUCGGUUAUGCAGUUUAACUCUUGAUGAAAUGUUCUUUUAAAUUUGUUACUAUUUAUUUCCUAAGUUAUUUCUUUACAAUUUGUAAUAACUAUUUCCUUGUUUAUUUGUUCUUCUCAUUUAUUAUUGUGGGGGAUUCCCCGCUGAGACAGACAGCUGUGAAUCUAGUAUUUAUGUUUCUAAAAAGUAUUUUCACAUGAAUUUCGCACCCAUCCACGUUUACAAACAGCGGGUACAACCAUAUCUCUAGGUUCAACUGUUUUGGAUGGGAAAUUAUUCAGACCAUAUAACCUUAAAGGCAGUGGACACUAUUGGUAAUUAAUCAAAAUAAUUAUUGGCAUAAAACCUUU